AUGUCUUUUUGUGCUAACGUUUUAACUUACUUAAAUAAAAGAAGUUAUGGAAUUAACAAUGAAUAUCUUCAUAUUGUAAAUGCCAUUUGUAUAUCUGAUUCUUCAGAUAUUUCACAUAAAUUCGUUAGUGCUAUUAUUAAGUAUUAUGUCUUUGAAGACUCAGGUGAAUUAACAAAUGUUACUCAACAAUUUUGUGAAUAUUGCAUUAUUGGAAAUAAAACACUUGAUCGUCUUUUUUCAUUAUUUGGGUCAGUAUUUCAACCAAUAAAAACGAUCUUGUUUAAUGAUAAGAAUGAAUUGUUUGAUGUUAAAUGUAAUCUUCUAACUCUUUUAAACUUUUUUGUGAAAACAGGUCAUUUUAAUGAUCAAAUGGUAGAAGAUGAAAGAUUUAUUUAUAAUAUUUUUGAGUUAUUAAAAUUUGAUGAAUUAUUUGUUAAUACUUCUAUUUUAUUAGAAACUAUUCUAGACAAAAGAAGUAGUGUUGUUGAUAUAACAAUUCUUCCAUUUCUCUUUAAUUCAUUAAACAAAUCUUAUCUUCAUUUAGGAGUAUUCUUAUCAGUGAUGAACUAUCUUAUUCAUACUAAUUCAACAGAUAAACAUAUUGUUGAAAAGAAUGUACAAUACUUUGUUGGACAUAGAAUCAUUCAAAAAGUUAUUUCAUUACUUUCAUUGUCUACAUUUGAUCUUGCUGUUAUUUAUCUCCUUCAAAAUGGUUACAUUGAUGAAGAUAGUCAACUUAUUUCUUCAUUUAAUGAACGUUGUCCAUUAGAAAUUGAAACAUAUCCAGAUAUUGAUAUUACAUUUAAAGGUGUUCAAGGUACUUAUGCAGCUGAUAUUGUUUCAAAUAUUCUUUUUGUAUUAUCAUCAAUUGUAGAUAAAUUAGAUGAAGAAUCCCAACUUACAGUUAUGGAAAAGAUUAGAAUUGAUGAUGUUGUUUAUGGAUUAUAUGAAUCUAUUGAUGUUGAGACCUUACCUCCAAACUAUUCUAGAUCAUCUGAGAAUGCCUUUCAUUCAUUGUUUUCUCAAUUUCUUCGAUUUGUAUCAGUACUUUCAUCAAAUUUAUUAGUUGGAAAAAAGAAUGGUAGUGAAAUGGUUAAUUCAAUGAUUAGUGAUAUAGGAAAUGAUAAAAUAGAUCAUUCUUUUCUUAUUCCUUUAAUUACUUCAAUUGAAAUUAUAGCAAGAGGUUGUAAUGUAAAACAAAGGGAAGUUAUUGGAACAGAAAAAGGAUUGAUUGGACUAUUAGUUAGUAUGAUUAUGGACAGAUCUAUAGAGAUAAAAACAUCUCAUAUUAUUUAUGAUCUCCUUGGUGUAUUAAUUAGAAGAAGUUCAACAAACACACUCACCCUUAUUUCUAAUAUACAAGUUCCACUUGAAAUACUUUUUGCUAACUGUUCUAAUUAUUGUGUAGAAACUAGUGUUUUCUUUAGAAAUUUAAUAUUAAACAUUAUUGUUGAUAAAAUUGAAUUAGACACAGAACAAAAAAUAAAGGAUAAAACAGAAACUAGUAUCAGAAAUGCUAUACCAACUUUCUUUAAAAAGACUAUUGAAUUUAUUAAUAGAGAAGGAAUUACUUCAUAUACUACUUGUUGUAUGAAUACUUCAAUUUUAAUUCUUGGAAUUUAUUCUACAAACAUGAAAGAAAUUUACCAACAAUGGAAGAAUAAAAAAGAAUUAAAAAAAGAAGUAGAAAAAGUAAAAGUUUUGUUUAUGAAGAAGUAUUAUAAUGCAAAUAGAUUAAAAAAGUUAUGUGAUGUAACAGCAACAUCAAAACAAUUAUGGAAAUCUGGAUUACAGACACCAGUUAUCGAAGACUAA